UAGAGGAGGGAGGACGACAUGAUGAGCUUUAACAGGAGACGACUGAGCGUAUGUGACUCGCCCUGCAAUGCGUCUCACAGGCAAGACGUCCCUUCAGACCCCGCUCGUCUCUAUAUACAGUGUGUGGCGUGUCCCCACCUCCUCCACCAUUACAAUGCUUAAAACGAGCUCAGAAAUGAACUAGCUACUGAGCGCUCUCAUAAGAAGACAUCCAGGGGAAAGUUGCACGGCGCCUAAAGAGAAAGUCUGCCUAUAAGGGCGAAAUAAGGGCACAGUGAGAGCGGGCGGUCGGUCGAACAACACCUUUUUAGCUCAAAGCGGAAGUUCAGAGCGACUUCAUAACGGUACAAAGCGAGGAGGGGAACCAGUUCGUGUAACUGGUCCGCAUACGGCCGGGAGGUCGCGUGAACUCAGGACGUCGACCGAAGAAUCGGGACAGUCUCCUCCUCUCCAUCAAGGCGGAUCCAUUCAUGUACCUGAGGCAGUAUUCUCCUGAAAGUGCCGCACUCUGAGCACAUGUGUGAUGCGCCGCCUCUCCCUGGAAACCCCAUGGAGGAAUGCAGCGCGCCCAGCGGGGAGCCGCCUCAGUGUUACACGCCGCCGUGCACCAAGAUGGAGGCUCAGCUGACGCCUCCGGGGUCGGACGCAUACGCCAAACAGUGUGCCGCUCCGGAGACCCCUAUGUGUCGUAUCUGUCACGACGGCGGGGCCCAGGAGGAGCUGCUGUCGCCCUGUGAGUGCUCCGGGACCUUGGCCCCCAUUCACCGCAGCUGUCUGGAGCAUUGGCUGUCGGCCUCACGGACCAGCUUCUGUGAGCUGUGCCACUACCAGUUCACGGUGCAGAGGAGGUCCAGGCCGGUGCUCGAGUGGCUGCAGAACCCAAGUCACCGUCGUGAAAAGCGCACCCUGUUCGGCGACAUGGCGUGCUUCCUGCUCAUCACCCCUCUGGCCACCAUCUCCGGCUGGCUCUGCCUCCGCGGCGCCAUCGAUCACCUUCACUUCUCCAGCCGGCUGGAGGCCGUGGGACUCAUCGCGCUGACCGUCGCCCUCUUUACCAUUUACCUCUUCUGGACGCUGGUGUCUCUCAGGUAUCACUGUCGGCUGUACAAUGGGUGGAGACGGUCCAAUCAGAGAGUGGUCCUCCUCUUGCCCCGGUCACAUGGCAACGCGCCCGCAGCGCCGCAGAGAGGGAAGCAGCCGGUGGUGGUCUGAGCCCAGCGCCGUCCCCGAGACGGGCUCUCUUUAGGGGACAGGCUCUCAUCGUGGGACGGGCUCUCAUCGUGGGACGGGCUCUCUUUAGGGGACGGGCUCUCAUCGUGGGACGGGCUCUCUUUAGGGGACGGGCUCUCUUUAGGGGACGGGCUCUCUUUAGGGGACGGGCUCUCAUCGUGGGACGGGCUCUCUUUAGGGGACGGGCUCUCUUUAGGGGACGGGCUCUCUUUAGGGGACGGGCUCUCAUCGUGGGACGGGCUCUCUUUAGGGGACGGGCUCUCUUUAGGGGACGGGCUCUCUUUGGGGCACGGGCUCUCUUUGGGGGACGGGCUCUCAUUGGGGGACGGGCUCUCAUUGUGGGACGGGCUCUCAUUGUGGGACGGGCUCUCUUUGGGGGACGGGCUCUCUUUGGGGGACGGGCUCUCUUUGGGGGACGGGCUCUCUUUGGGGGACGGGCUCUCAUCGUGGGACGGGCUCCUUUUAGGGGACGGGCUCUCAUCGUGGGACGGGCUCCCUUUGGGGGACGGGCUCUCAUCAUGGGACGGGCUCUCUUUGGGGGACGGGCUCUCUUUGGGGCACGGGCUCUCAUCGUUGGACGGGCUCCUUUUAGGGGACGGGCUCUCAUCGUGGGACGGGCUCUCUUUAGGGGACGGGCUCUCUUUAGGGGACGGGCUCUCUUUAGGGGACGGGCUCUCAUCGUGGGACGGGCUCUCUUUAGGGGAUGGGCUCUCAUCGUGGGACGGGCUCUCUUUAGGGGACGGGCUCUCUUUAGGGGACGGGCUCUCUUUAGGGGACGGGCUCUCAUCGUGGGACGGGCUCUCUUUAGGGGACGGGCUCUCAUCGUGGGACGGGCUCUCUUUAGGGGACGGGCUCUCUUUAGGGGACGGGCUCUCUUUGGGGCACGGGCUCUCUUUGGGGGACGGGCUCUCAUUGGGGGACGGGCUCUCAUUGUGGGACGGGCUCUCAUUGUGGGACGGGCUCUCUUUGGGGGACGGGCUCUCUUUGGGGGACGGGCUCUCAUUGUGGGACGGGCUCUCUUUGGGGGACGGGCUCUCAUCGUGGGACGGGCUCCUUUUAGGGGACGGGCUCUCAUCGUGGGACGGGCUCCCUUUGGGGGACGGGCUCUCAUCAUGGGACGGGCUCUCUUUGGGGGACGGGCUCUCUUUGGGGCACGGGCUCUCAUCGUUGGACGGGCUCCUUUUAGGGGACGGGCUCUCAUCGUGGGACGGGCUCCUUUUAGGGGACGGGCUCUCAUCGUUGGACGGGCUCCUUUUAGGGGACGGGCUCUCAUCGUGGGACGGGCUCCUUUUAGGGGACGGGCUCUGCUCGUCCUCUGUUUUUUGCACUUUAUAACAGCGCUCUGAGAUGCCCUGCUAGAGCCGGUGUCACAUGUGUGACUGGCCGCGGGUAAGAAGCACUUAAUAAAAAGGUGGAUGGACUGCAGUAUUUCGGCCAAUCAAACAACAGAAGGAGAAACACUGAGCGUAACAGGAACAGCAGCGAUGAUGAAGACCGCGUCACAACAUGCGACCGGUGAACUGGACCCACUUGGAACAACAGCUGUAAACAUCUGUAUUUCAGCAGCCACCAGAUUGGUGAGGUGCAUGAUGGGAAGUUAACUCAGCGGCUCUAGUCUCAGGGUCCUGGUCCAGCUCAGCCUUAAAGUCCUCUCCUGCUACAGACUCCUGCACACACAGGGACAGUCGGUCCGAUCCAGUCCAUUAGACUUGUCUGAUGGAUCGAUUGCAACACACUUAAACCAAAGGCUUUUUUAAAUUUGAAACAUUUUGUUGUUGGUCUGUUUCUUUUGUGUGAUCAAAUAAAAUACAAUGUACAGUUGA